AUGAAGGAGCUGUGGAUACUUCUACUGAUCUGCUGGGCAGGCACACUCCAGUGCCUGGCAGGGAGUUUGAGGGGAAAGAUUCCUGGCACGCCACAGGAAUGUGAGCAGGCCGAGUUUGUCCCUGGUUACAAUCUGGCAGGGGAAGGUUUCGACAUUGUGAAGAUGCAGCGAAAAAGUUAUUAUGUGAUCGACAUGGAAAAUUGGAAGAGGGAGGGAGACACUUGCGAGUUAGUUGUAAAUCUCUAUUUGGAUGGAGCAAAGCAGAAGCUUCCAGCAGCCAUGGCACACUGGAGAGCCCUCACCAACUGCAAGCGGGAGGUCUCAAGCAGCAUCUAUGAAUCCAGUGAGUCCCUCAUCAAUACCACAACUUCAGCUGUGACUAACAACUGGAAACUUGGCCUGGACCUUGCGAUGAAUGAAGUAAAGUUUAAGACAAUCAUUGGAGGGACACAUUCCAGAGAAGCAACAUAUGCCAUUGCAAAGUCGAAGCAGGACAGAUAUAGUUUUACCAGGCAUGAAGUCCAUUGUAGCAUCUACAGAUAUAGCCUGGUCGAAGAUCCUCCUCUUCACAAACAAUUUCUGAAUUCGCUGAAGAAGCUCCCCACUGUUUAUGACCUCAAUUCUAAGCCAGCCUAUAAAAUCCUGAUAGACACGUAUGGCACUCAUUUCACCUCUCAAGUCAACCUGGGAGGGAAAGUGAGCGCUAUAACUUCCAUCAAGUCUUGUCAGGCGACUAUGAACGGACUGACAGACACUGCAGUGAAGGACUGUCUGGAUGUCGAGGCCUCCUUGUCAUAUAAAUUCAGCGCUAGUUUGACCGCCGAGCUUCAUUACUGUAAUGAAAUAAAGAAGAAACUUGGCACCAACCAAAGUUUCAGCAGAAUGUUCAGUGACCGCCACUCUGAAAUUAAAGGAGGGGCAGUAAAUGGAGGCGACCUGCUGUUCUCAGGUGGGUUGGACGCAAAUGCCUACAAAGACUGGCUGGAGUCCUUGAAAACAAUCCCUGACGUGGUGCACUACUCCCUUAAGCCCCUUCACUUCCUGUUGAAAAGUGGACAUCCUGCUCUACCUGGGCUGAAGAAAGCAGUGGAGGAGUACAUCCUGGAAAACGCCCUGAUAAUGAAAUGCUCAGAGUCCUGUCAGAUUGGUACGAGGACCAGCCCAAGGGAUCACUGUGCCUGUGUCUGCAACAGUGAUCAGAGCAUCAAGUCCAACUGUUGCCCUGCUGGGAAAGGCCUGGCCAGGCUGCAAGUCUAUGGUUUGAGAGCAAAGGGCCUAUACGGGGACAUCUCAACCGAAACGGAUGGCUUUGUUGAGAUCUCAUAUGAUAAACAAGUCAAAAUCACUGAGGUGAUCAAAGACGACGACAAUCCCGUUUGGCCAGCAAGCUUUGAAUUCGGACCCAUCCAUAUCAACUUUGCCACCAAACUCACUUUCAAGGUGUAUGACACAGACAAAGUUUGGAACAAAGAUGUCCUGGGUGAAUGUUCCUUUGAUCUGCGUAGAGGAAAUGUGAGUGACGUCUGUGUGUUCCAAUCUGGCACAUUCUUCUUCUCCUAUACGGUGCAAUGUGCUCCCAGCCUUGGAGGCUCUCGCUGUGAAGAGUACAUCCCCUCUCCUAUGAGCGCCUCCCUGGCCAAGGUCUUCCACUCCAGAAAUGGCAUGCUGGCUGGGGAGAAGUGUCGACUUGAGUUGGGCAGGAAUCACACCAAUGAUGCAGUUGACAAGUUUGGCUUAAAGAGAUGUCAUGGUGAAUAAGGGAUGAGGUGAUCGACGAGUUGGUGACUGCUUCGCAUUGCAUAGUUCAGCAUUUCAGACGGUCCCUUUGGCCAAAGGCAUGAUCAUGGUUAGAUGAUUAAUGUGAAAUUCAACUAGAUUGAAAUUAUUAUGUGUCAUGUGUUUCUGUUUGAUCUGUGACAUUGAUAGUAUGAGGAAUUUA